UCUCAGCAUUAACGUCACUACAUAACAAUAUCCGACGAAGGAAAAAGGAUGGGAAAGAAGAAAAACAGAAGCUUUUUUUGUAAAACGUUGAAACGUUGAAUGAGAUCAUUCUAAUUAAAUAAAAAAAAAAAAAAAUGAAAUUUCGGUUUUUGGGCGACGGGGAUUGUCCUGAUUGGUUAUUAGCUGAAAUUAAUACGCUUUCACGAAUGACGUCGAUUAAAAUGAAAACGUUGGGACAGAUCGUUAUGAAGUCUUUAACGGAAGGAGAACUGGAUGAGGAGAAGGUAAAAAAAAUCACACAGGAUGCAAAGCUCGAUUUAAGCGAUGCGAAAGCUAUGAUCGCCGCAUUGGAAUUGAUCUUCACCUCGUCAGCUCGUUACGGCGUAUCUGCGGCUGAUCUGAGCAGCGAAUUGCAACAAUUGGGCCUGCCAAGAGAACACAGUACAGUAGUUGCAAGAAUUCAUACAGAUUAUUGUCCACAACUCAUGGCUACACUCUCAUCUCAGUCUUUAAGAGUAAAUCGUCUUUCGUCCAUCAAAGUUGUAUCCUGCGAUGGUUCCUCGCCAUUCUCGACGGUCAGUUUGAAAGUGAAGAAAGUGAACGGAAACGAGGAGGAAUCAACCAUUAAUAUUUCCAAGGACGAUGUGCAAGUUUUACUCACGGAACUUAAGAGGGCUCGUACGUUGAUGGAAAGUCUCUGAAAAAUCUUGACAAAUUAUUAUAUGGAACGUAAGAUUAUAUCGUUAGACGAAGAUAAAGAUUUUUGUGAUACGUAUAAUCGUCGUUAAACGAUCAUUGCAAUUAGCGAUCGAAAUUGCAAUAUUGUGAUCUAAAUUAUAUAACUGAGAUAUGUUAACUAUACUAUAACUUAAGAGUCGUCAGCGAUCCGUCGAAUAAUUUAUCUUUAUUCUCUUUGUAAAUGAAUAUACAAAGUUUACAUUUAGUUUAAUGGUUUAUACGAUGCACUUGAAUAAUAUUCAUACAUUGUGACAAUAAUAAUGUCGCCGUUAUAAUUGCGCUUUA